AUGGUCCUUGGGGUUUCCAACCAGAGCGAGAUGGCAAAGUUCCUUGGGCUAUAUGCAGUAAGCAUCUCCCUGGGGGUGGUGAACACCCCUUGUCCCGACGUUCAGUACUUGCGCGUCCCCGUGAUGGGCAGCCCGACCACCGGCAUCUCCAGCUGCUUCGACUCCAUGGCAGCUAAGAUCCACAGCGUGGGGACAGGCGGGGUGGGAUGCUGCUGCGCUGCACUGCUGGGGCGAGCAGGUCCCCACCGUCUGCUGCUCCAUCGCCCGGGCCGGCACCCACGCCUGGGUCGAGUCCCGCCAUCCCCUACACGGCCCAACAAGAGCUCCUGGCAGCAGGUCAUCCGCUACCAGUACAAACUCUUCGGCAUCCACAGGCUCCGGGUACUCAGCCCUCCGUUGGGGGUGCUACCCGAUGUUUAUGAAAAUGAAGUAAGAGUAAUGCUGCUGCUCUGA